GGUCCAGGUGUUGGUAAUGAGUGCAAUCAGUGCAGCAGUAUAAGAGCAGAGGAGCAGGAAGGAGACCAUCACACUGAGCUUCAGUCUCUAAACCUCCAGCAGGCUGCAGAGGAGAAGCUGCCCGACAUCAGACUGCUGAUUCAACAUGCUGCACGGUCUCUCUCUAAGGUAAGAACAGUUGAGCAUUAUGUACUCAGUUUAGUGUGAACUUCAAAAGGAGGGUAACCUGUUUACUGACUGUCUUUCAGGGUUUCUUGGAUCUGUCUGCUGUUGUUCAGCAGUGGAGCUUGUUUUCCUGCAGCUAUAGAUGGUGAGUGAAGAAAAAAUGUGCCUGACAUGCUUCUUAACAGAGGCUUGAAAGUUUAGUUUAAGGUCAUUUAUGUCCUUGACUCUCUUGCAUAUAAGACUUGUUCUUGUCUCAUUUGAAAUUUCUUUUUCAGAUUACCAGUAUCCCUACACAGAUGUCUCCAGUGUUGGACUCUCUCCCCGAUCUGGUGCACCUGACAGCCACCGGCCUCCUCUGCAGUCCCUGGAGCCUGCAGCUGCCCAGGAAGCUGAAAUCCAGUCCCCCUCCACCUCUGGAGCCACCAGUUUGGCCUCACCGAGCUAUCAGCCAAACAGUUUUGUUGUGAGUUCUGAAUCCAGACCGGCCAGAGCUCCUCAGAGUUCAGGUUACGUCAGUGCUCCAAGCUUCUCCAUGAAGCCUCAGUCUGCUGCUAGCUCUGGACACUUUGCAGCGUACAGCCCUGCUGCUUCUGCGCCGUCUCACUCUGUUGCUGCCUAUCCUGCUGCCAGCUCCCACUUUGCAGCACCAGUUUCUUACGGCGCCCCUUCAAUGUCGUACGGCGCUCCUGCAGCCUCUCAUGGUGGGUUUGGUGCUGCUUCCUACCCUGGCGGUGCUGCUCCUGGUGGCGAAACAAGAGUUGUCUAUAGUGGUGCUCCAAGCUUCGGGUUUGAUGGUCCUACUUUUGCAACCGAGUGGGCAGCUCUGCCAAGUAUCGGAUUCGAGUCCUUCGACCCAAAUGGCUGGAUGCCGUCUCGUUCCUUCCCUGACUUCACCGUGUGGGGCCCUGCAGAAGAAGAACCAGCAAACCCUGAUGGUAAAGGCAAAGGAGGUAAAGGUGUGCAGGAUGAGGAGGAGGAAGAGCAGGAGACCUUCUCUGUGCCAUCUUCAUCCUACAUCGUCCAGACCAGGAACGGCUACCAGAGAGCCAGACAAGUCACCUCUCACAUGAACUACUCCCCAGAGCUCCCUGAACCAGCAGUGAUCUACUACGAGGUGAUCCAGAGAGCAGAACCUCAGGAUGAACAAGUGAAGGGAGGCAAAGGAAAGAAACCUUAAAGUAAGUAAACUCAAAAUUGAUCAAACUUACUUUUCCAGUGUGCAAGUGUACGGUCCUAACUGUGUCCUCCUCUUUUGCAGGGUGAACCUCAGGACUCAGCCUGCUGAAGUGUUCCUGGAACCUUUUACCUCUGGGAGGGAAAAAAUAAAGUGACUUUCUAAACUACUCAGUUUUUCACUAGAUUAUUUGUGCUUGGGAUAAAUGCUUUUUGAAACAUUCCAGUUUUAAACAAAGCAAAACUGGUUCUGGAUCACAACAUUCUAUCGGCUGGUUUUAUAGAUAUUGGAACCCUAAAAACACAAAUUGCUCUCGAUGGUUCCCCAAACCUUGAUUAUUAAACAGCAGUCUAAUGUUGUCCCCUAAAAUUAAACUGGUAUAUUUUGGUGUUUGACCAUCAAUGGCACUUUCUGGCGUGUAGAGUGAACUGGUUGCACCUUUUUAGUCUCCUGAAGAAUGACGCCCUACUGUUAAAAUCUUAAAUUGUCCUUUUUAUCCUGUUUCAUACAACACCCUCUUUUGUUACACAGGGACCCUUUCAAUUCCCUUGGUGUGACUCUGGCAAGAGUAAAUGGCAAUAUCUUAGACGAUGUUGACCGAUGACUUUAACCUUCCCUAUCACAGCCGGGGGUCUUCAGGAAAAGGCAUUCGACAAUAUGAUCAUGUAGCAUGGUUCAGUGGAGAGCAGCUCCUCUAUAAUGGCCCCCGCUCCUCUUUGCAGCUUCAGUCCUGCUGCUCAGCAUGUAAUUUCACACUAAUCGCCCUGCUGAUUGCCUGAGUGGACAUCUAUUCACACUGGAUUGAGAAGUGCCACUUCUGGAC